AACCAUGGGACUGCGAGGAUCUAAACUCCCUGAGGCCCAGGUUCUUCUCCUGGGCCUGGACAACGCAGGAAAAACGACGCUUCUCUACAAACUCAAGCACAACGCGAGCGUCAGCACCGUCCCCACCAUCGGCUUCAACGUGGAAAUGCUCGAGACCAGGAAGAGCCGGAGGAACAUCGCAGUAACCCUUUGGGACAUCGGUGGCCAGGGCAAGAUGCGAGAGCACUGGAAGAGUUUCCACCAGGACGCAGGGGCUGUGGUGUUCGUGGUGGACAGCUCGGACAGGGCGCGACUGGAGGAGGCGCGCGGGGAGCUGGAGACCACCCUGAGGAGCGAGCAGCUGAAGGGACGUCCGCUCAUCCUUAUCGCUAAUAAACAGGACGUGAGCGGCGCUAUGACCGUCACUGAGAUCAAGGACGCGUUUCACUUGAGGAGGGUCUGCUAGGACAGGGAUUGGUUCGUCCAGCCUUGUUCGGCGACGACGGGGUUUGGAGUCGAGGCGGCGUUCAGGCGCGUGGUGCAACUGGCAAAACUCCCAUCAGAGCCUGUGGCAAUGAAGGAAAACAUAAAGGACACAGUGCACUACCUCAGAAGACACUGACUUUUAUUUAUUUGUGAUGUUUUCAACCCACAUGAUCUUUGAAAAUAUCUUUGAUUUGAUUUAUGAACAAUAAAUGACAUUUUAAAGGA